ACCGAGGGAACUCUCACUAGUCUGUACAUGUCUGCGCUGAUUUAAAGCGAACUUUGCGUUUGUUUUAGUCCUGCUGCUUUGGAAAGAUGACAGACAUUUUAGCAAAAAUAAAAACCAGCGUCGCAGAGAAGAAGAAAACGCCUGUUGUUCAGAGCGACCUGCAAAAGUGGGGAUUAAAAGGGAUCCAGCUGAGACCCUACCAACUGGACGGUGUGCAGUGGUUGGCUCAGUGUCUGAACAACCAGCAGGGAUGCAUCCUGGGCGAUGAGAUGGGUUUGGGAAAGACCUGUCAGACCAUCUCUCUGCUGGUGUACAUGUCAGGAGCUCUCGGGAAGGAAGGUCCAUUUUUGGUGUUGAGUCCACUCUCUGUCAUGGAGAACUGGAGAAAAGAAUUGGAAUGCUUCGCUCCCUCUCUGACUGUGCUCUGCUACAAAGGAGACAAAGACCGACGAGCUGAGAUUCAGAGAGAAACGAACACGCAGGACUUCAACGUCUUGCUCACCACAUAUGAGCUGUGUCUCAAAGAUGCUUCGUUCUUGAAACGGUGGAGGUGGAAGGUGCUUGUGGUGGACGAAGCUCACAGGCUGAAGAAUCAGAACUCGCUGUUACACAAAACCUUGACAGAGUUCUCAGUCGGUUUCAGGGUCCUGCUCACUGGGACUCCCAUUCAGAACAACCUGCAGGAGCUCUACUCCCUGCUGAGCUUCAUUCAGCCCAGCAUCUUUACAGCAGACGACGUGGACAGCUUUGUUAGCUCUUACUCCAAAAUACAAAAUCAACCUGCUCUGGCCGCUGAGCUCCAGAGCGUCCUGGAGCCUUUCCUGCUUCGUAGAGUGAAGUCAGAGGUUGCCGUCGAUCUGCCCAAGAAGACAGAGCUGGUCGUGUAUCAUGGCAUGUCGGCUCUGCAGAAGAAAUACUACAAAGCUGUUCUGACGAAGGAUCUGGAGGCGUUUGGAAAUGAACAAGGCAGCAAGACCCGGCUGCUGAACAUCUUGAUGAACCUGAGAAAGUGUGUUGACCACCCGUAUCUGUUUGAUGGUGUGGAGCCAGAGCCCUUUGAAAUGGGGGAGCAUCUCGUUGAAGCAAGUGGAAAACUUUUCCUCCUGGACAGCAUGUUGACCUUCCUUCACAAAGGCGGCCAUCGGGUCUUGCUGUUCUCUCAGAUGACGAGGAUGUUGGAUAUUCUUCAGGACUACAUGGAGUACAGAGGUUACAGCUACGAACGCCUGGAUGGGUCCGUCCGUGGGGAGGAACGAAAUCUAGCGGUGAAGAACUUCAGCAGCAAAGACAUCUUUGUUUUUCUACUCAGCACUAAAGCAGGGGGAGUGGGCAUGAACCUUACAGCUGCUGACACUGUCAUCUUUGUGGACAGUGACUUCAACCCACAGAAUGACCUGCAGGCUGCUGCACGCUGCCAUCGGAUUGGCCAGAACAGGCCUGUGAAAGUGAUCCGCCUCCUGGCAAGAGACACUGUGGAGGAGAUAAUGUACUCUCGUGCUGUAUCCAAGUUGCAGCUCACCAAUACUGUUAUUGAGGAAGGACGCUUCUCUUUAAUGGACCAGGCUCAGUCAGCUGCUGCAGGCCUGCAGCUGAGUGAGAUCUUGAAGUUCGGGAUCGAUAAGCUCUUGUCGUCAGAGGAAAGCUCCAUACAGGAUGUGAAACUGGAGAAGAUCCUUGGUCCGUCACGUGACAACGAGUGGGUGGAUGAUGAGCAGUACACCCCACUGAUGGAAGAGGAGGAAGAAGAGGAGGAAGAUGAAUCUGAUGUGCAAAACCACAUGUACUUCUUUGAGGGGAAGGACUACAGUAAGGACCCCAGUUCUGAAGAUCAGAAGGGCUUCGAUCGGUUGUUGGAGGAGCAGCUGGUCGAAUUCCAGAAAACUGCAGGAGAGGGCCGAGCUCUUCGGCACAAAACUGGAGUUUCACUAUCAGUGCCCCUUGGGAUUCCAACGAGGAAGAGGAAACCUCUCACUGAGGCUGAGCUGGAGCUGAGGAGGCAGAGGAGGGAAGAGGCUGCAGCCAAGAGAGCCAAACUUCAGGAGGAUAUGAAGAAGAAGCAGCAGGAGCAGAAAUACAAGAAAAAGAUGGCAUGGUGGGAGUCCUGCGGCUACAGAUCCCGGUGCCUGCAGCCUGUGGACAGUGAAGAGGAGGAGGAGGAGGAGCAGGAAGAUGACAGCAGCAUAUGCUCCACGGACUCUGACAGCACCGAUAUCCGCUAUGUUCUGGGGGACGUUACUCAUCCUCACACUGCUCAGGGAGAUGCUAUCAUCGUCCACUGUGUUGAUGACUCAGGCCGGUGGGGCAGGGGAGGCCUGUUUACAGCACUGGAGGUGAGAUCUGAUGAACCACGAAAGCAGUAUGAGUUGGCUGGAAAGAUGAAAGAUUUGGACCUCGGAAACGUGCUGCUUUUCCCCAUUGACGACAAACAGUCCAGACUUGGUGGCCAAGAUCAACUGGCCCUGAUCGUGGCGCAGCAGCGAGACAAAGCCAACAACCUGUCUGGUAUCUUUCUGACUGCUUUAGACGAAGGUCUGAAGAAGAUUUAUGCUGCAGCCAAAAGAAACAAGGCAAGUGUUCAUCUUCCUCGUAUCGGUCACUCCACCAGAGGCUUCAACUGGUACGGCACAGAGAGGCUCAUCAGGAAACACCUGGCUUCCAGAGGCAUCGCCACUUUCAUAUACUACCACAGCAGAACUGUCAAGAAAACAGCUGCGCCUCAGACAUCCACCUCUGCGACCUCCACGUCCUCCCCUGAAGCUCACCUGCAGAACAAGUUGACUGACGAAACAGAAGCAGAAAGCCCAGGACCCUCGACCUCGACACAGAGCCCUGCACAGCUCCCCAGUUUCAUGAAGGGAGUGUGUGUGUUUUUCUACAACCUGGCUGCAUCAGAGAGGAAGAGGCUGGCCCGAUACCUUGUCACUUAUGAUGGCGAUGAAGAGGAGAUCAUGAGUCCAGAGGUCACGCACAUAGUAGCGGAGGUGGAGCACGACAUCCACACACAGGAGCUGCAGGAUCUGGUGCGUCAGUACUCCCAGGCUGUUCCUGUGCAGACGGCCUGGCUGGAGUCCUGCUUCUCCAAACAGCAACAAGUCGACACGACGACGUUCCAACAUCUGCUCAGAUAACACUCUGGUUUAGUGCUUUGUUGUUGUUGUUGUUGUUUUUUCAAAUGAAAUGAUUAAAUCAUGAAAUGAAUGAAACUGGUCUGCUGCUUAAUGAAUGCACUAAAUACCAAAUUAUUUCCAUGGAUGGAUUAUGACACAAUGGGCUGCUGUGCACAGAUGUGUAAACAGCCCCCAACUCAUCCCACAGAGGAGAGAAGCUCUGAAACUACAAACCUCACAGACACGUUUUGUGGUUGGUUUGUGUCGUCACGUGUGCACCUUCAGAUGUUUUGCAUCUUGUAGAGUUUCUUUGUGGUUAUCUUUUGUCUUACUUUAGUCUUUAGGUGUCUCGUGUAAUUCAUUUGGUUUCUCUUUGUGGUCAUUUAGCGUCUCUUUCAGAUUGUUUUUUUGUUCCAUUUUGGUAACUUUAUGUGUCCUAUUUGCCCUUAUUCAUCUCUCUGAUUGUAUUGCAUCACAUUUGGAGCAUUUUGUGUCUAGAUCUUGGUUGUUUUACAUUUCUUUGUAGUUGUUUUGCUGCACAAUGUAGUUGUUUGUGUCUCAUUUUGGUCCUUCUGCAUUAUCAGUGUCGCUUUGUGUAUUAUUUUGAUUGUUUGCAGCUCUUUUUUGUCUCAUUUUUAUGAUCUUUAAGCUCAAUUUGUGUCACAUUCUGGUCCUUUUACAGCUCUUAAUAGUUCUUUUGUUUAUCAUUUUAGUAAUUUUACAUUUCUUUAUGGCUGUUUGGUGUCAUGUAAGUUCUUAUUGCAUUACUUUGUUGGCAUUUUGUUUCAUUUUAGUCACUUUGCAUCUCUUUAUGUUUGUCACAUAUCAGUCCUUUUACAUUUUGUGUUUCCUUGUGGUUGUUUUACAUCUGUUUGAUCCUAUAUUGUUUCAUUUAGGUCCUUUUGCAUCCCGUAGUAGUCGUUUUGUGUUGCAGUUUGCUUGUUUCUCUUUAUCGCCACUUAGUCUCAUUUAGUUCCUUUUGCAUCUCUUAGUGGUCAUUUUGUGUUUCAUUUUGGGCCUUUUACAUCUCUGUGUUGCCUUUUUUGUGUCUAUGUGGCCAUUUUUUGUCACUUUUCUGGUCAUUUUAUAUCUCUAUCUUUGUUUUGUGUCACAUCUUGAUCCUUUUACGUAACCAAAUGGUCAUUUUGUGUCUCAGUGUGGUUGUUUUGCAUGUCUUUGUUGUCAUUUAUACCUCAUUUUCUGAGGUAUAAUAAUUCUGGGAUACAAUCAGGAGCCCCAGAGCCUGUGGCCGGUAGACCUGUUAAGAAAAAUCUGUCCACAAUCUUCACAAAAAAAGACUAUUAAGGGUUUAUUUAUGAGUGAAAUAAAGAGUAAAUAAAGUGACAUCUAUCUCU